AUGCUGCAAUGUUAUGAGUGUGAACCAAAAAAUUACAAUUUUCUUAUAACACCCGAUAAUGUUCCCUCGACAUUCAAUUGUACAACAAUUGUUACAUCAAAUAAAUUUUGUUCAUUGGAUAUUUGGACAACUGAUAAUGGAACAAAGAGUGCUCUUCGUGUAAAUGCAUAUGAUAAUCCCGAAAAUAAAAAUGUUCCCUAUGUUUUGACUGGAUUUACUCAACAUAAUAGUGGAAAUUUUUCUACGUACAUUUUGUAUCAUUGUAUAACAGAUAAUUGUAAUAAUCCUCAACUCGUUCUUAAACGUUUGAUUGAAUCAACAAAAACUGAAAUCAAACCACCUAGUAGAUCAUCUAAUGGCCAAUUAAAAUCGUCAGCUUCUAUCCAAUGUUUUGUCUAUUCAAAUUUUACAAAUUCAAGUGAAUGCAAACCAGCACGUCAAAUAACAACAACAACAGAACAAGACGAUUGUUCAUUUUGUGCAACAUUUAUUAAUAUUGAUCCAAACAAUUUACUCACAGAAAGAGUAUGUUCAUACUGUGAAAAAUCUAUAGUAGCGAUUGAAAAAUGGAAAUAUAUUGAUGGAAGAAUUCAUUUAUUAAAUGAUCGUGUUAGUUAUUUAGAAUAUGUAUCCUAUAUUUGCAAUACCAGCAGCGAAAAAAUGUAUUCAAAAUUAAAAGUUUUGCGUGUUAUUAGUCACUCUGAAGAUAUUGAUUUUCUUGAUGCUCAUCAAUGGAAACAAUUCAUUUUACAAUAUUUACCUUAA